CCAGCCCGCGGCACGGCUGGCAGCCAGGCGGGCAGUGCCCCCUGCACAAGCCCCUGCUCCGUGUGUGCGCAUCUGCCGGAGCUCCCGCUCUCCCUUCUCCCCCUUCCCUCUCCUUCCGAGCCCCCCUCCUUCCACCAGCCCUUGCUCUUCCCACGGGAUGCGGGGCCGGGCAGCCGGGGGAAGGGGCACGGUGCUGCGGCUCCGCGGGAGAUAACGGGGCCGGGCCCGGGAUGCUCCGGGACCCCAGCCGCGGCCAUCGAGCGCCCGGAGCCACGCCGCUGCAGCGCAGAGCCUCGCUGAGCACGCUGUCGGCACAGACCCACCGGCGGAGAGGACAGGUCAAAGGCAUGCCAGCUUUUCCGUGAUGCCUGGCCAGUAACACCAGCCAUGACCUGGAGGGACAGGCACAAGAGGUAGUUUGGUCUUCUUAGCGAGGUCAGCCCGGAGCUCUGCCCCUUGAGGAGAGACCUUCGGAGGUGCUGGAGGAUGAGCGGGAUAAUGCCAACUCCUGCUGCUCCCUGGUGAGCUGGGACACCAAACUCACACUGCUUCAGACCUGAAGCUGGACUUUACCUGGUCUUAGAAGGAAAUGCUGUCUCUCCUCUGUGGCCAUCCCUCAACUCUCAACGUCUUCCAUUGAACAAUUGACUUUCCACUCUAGGAGGCAAGGAUCAAAUGGGUUGAGGACAACUGGCCCUUCUUGGCUUUGGAAAAGAGGAUUUUUUGGUGUAUUUUUAAGUGCCAGGACAUGAAAGAGUAAAUCCCUUCUUCCUGCCCUCCUGCCUCCUGCAAGCAGCCCUGACUGCGGUCCAAGCCAGCCAGUUAAAGGGUUAACCAUAGCUGGAUGCCUGAAUGGCUGCCUUACUGAUCCCACGGAGGAGCAGAGGGAUGAGGACUCGCCUGGGCUGCCUGUCUCACAAAUCAGACUCAUAUAAUGAUUUCACAGCUAUUCUUCCGGACAAGCCCAACCGGGCUUUGAAAAGACUGUCAACAGAAGAAGCUACAAGAUGGGCAGACUCUUUUGAUGUCCUUUUGUCCCAUAAAUAUGGGCUGGCAGCUUUCCGUGCUUUCCUGAAGACAGAGUUCAGCGAGGAGAACCUGGAGUUCUGGCUGGCCUGCGAGGAUUUCAAGAAGACGCGCUCGGCAGCCAAGCUGGCCUCCAAGGCCCAGCGCAUCUUCGAGGAGUUCAUCGACGUGCAGGCCCCUCGGGAGGUGAACAUAGACUUCCAGACACGGGAGCUGACCAGAAGAAAUGUGCAGGAGCCCUCCCUCUCUUGCUUUGACCAAGCUCAGGGGAAGGUGCACAGCCUGAUGGAGAAAGACUCGUACCCCAGGUUCCUGAGAUCCAAAAUUUACACAGACCUGCUGUCUCAGACCCAGAGGAGGCUCAGCUAGGACAGCCAUGGGGCUCUCAGAAACCACGUGCUUCCCACAACAGCCAAAACCCAUGUUUAAAUGUGAAACUUUCUUGGUGUUAAAAGCAGUGGGAAUGGGAAGAGAGGGAGAAGGGGCAGAAGGAGCUUCCAGAGAGUGAUCCAAGCGGGGUAUUGAGACUCUUUGACUAUCUGUGCUUUCUUCUUCUUUU